AUGUAUACUCCUUCGUCUUAUUCCUCCUCGCAAUCAGGCAAACCGCCUACCUGGCCAAUGGUCCCCCUGUCUGAACUCGAAGUCAAGAUUCCUGUUCGGACAUCGAGUCUAGGCCCGUUGCUUCCACCUGAGCCGCUCAUCUCUACCCCAUCGCCAGAUCCGUCUAAUCUAGGACGCUACAACGAUGGCACUAUUUCUCGGAAGCCGACAGUUCGUGGUAUCGCGACACCCACAGCUCGUAAUACUGUGACUUUCCGCUCUCCUGACGUCUCUCCCAAGACUCAAUCGCCGCCCUCGUCUUCGUUGACAUCAACUGAAAAAGACAGGAAGAACCUCGAGCGUGCGGUCACUGGGCUUCACGACCUCAUGGAAGAAGCCUUGACCGUCGCCCAAGACGCCGCUCAGAACAACAGGUCCCAAGACGUCGCCCACAUUCUGGAUGAAGCCAAGAUCGCUCUUCGCAAGUCAAGCACUGUGCACAUGGCUCCUCCACUCCGCAUCGACGAUACCGAGAGCGACGAGUACUUCUCCUCCGAUGAGUAUGAUCAGGCUUCCGACUCUGAUGCAGACAUCGAGUCCAACACCUCAUCCAUGCAGCCGAAGCCAAUGGCUUCCAAUGUCAGCAUCCCAGUGGCUUACAUCAAAAGCAAGAGUGGACUUUCUCUGGAACCCGCGCCAGCCUCUUCAGCUGUCCCUGCUGCCCCUCGUUACUCGAUCAGAAAACAAUCCGUUGUGCACCCCAUUGUCAAUCCACCUUUCGAGAAUGAGGGCAAACGUCCUACAUCCCAGGAAGCAGCUGUCGGCCCAUCGUGCUCAGAGGACUUUUCCAUGACUCAGACUCCACCUCAGGUGUACUCCAAGUUGUCAACAGGCUCUGCCGCCCAUGACUGGGCUUAUGUCAGACGACCUUCGACCCGCCGUGACCUCCGAGGCGGUUCGGAGCCUGGACCAGUCAGUCAAGAUGAAACUGUCUUGCCACCGCCUACAGGAGAAAGUACUGGUGUCGUCCUGCCUCCAGUCAUUCCUCAAGACGCAUCUGUGAGGACACCAGAGCAGAUCCCACAUGAACCUGUCCGUCUCUCGAUUCCGGAUGUGCCGAAGAGGAGAUCGCUUCGACCUGUUCGUUCCGACCCUCAGCUGUCAAGCACACCUUCGCCGCCGCCUCAACCAGCGAUACCAUACGCCGUCUACGAUCCAAGACAUUAUGUCACUGCAGACUACCCACCAGCUCAAUAUACAGUUACCAGCCCUCCAGCGCCUGGCAAGCGAUGGAAGCCGAAGGCUGGUGCAAGCCGUAUCUUCGAGUCGUCAUACUACCAUGUUCCAGAGCGCAGAGAGGUACCUGUGGCUCUUCCGGCCUCCACACACCCUGCUUUGCCUGUCGUAUCUGGCCAAUCAGUUCUUCCUGCUCAAUCUGCAUUACUCCCUAUACCUGAUCAAGCACCACCAGCAAACGUUCCGUCUCCAGAUCUGAGCUUGAAGCAUCCACGCAAAAACCAUAUCAGUCUGAAGGAUGAACAAGGAUUCCGCUUCCACAGAUAUCGCCGAUCCCCCAUCGCCAGAGAGUGGAAGAUUGGCCGCAAGCGCAUCACUGCCAUUAUCGCUUGUCUCAACACCAUGCUCGUAGGAUUGAUCGCUGGCAUUUAUGUAUGUUGCUUUUCAUAG